CCUGGAGGGGGGUCAGAGUAAAUUUAAUAGAAAAUAAAUCCCUCCUGGUUUUAUCCCAUUUCAUUUCAUUUCCUUUAACUUCUUCCACCCUAAUGGUGAAACAAAUUAGAUCAUUUCCAACAGGUGGACACACACGCGCACCUCCUUGUCACUCAUAACAUGACUGACUUGGAUCACCGUGCGCGCGUACGUGAGACCACCCUCUCUCUCCUCACUGACGGGAGCGCGCAUUUGGCGCACACUCCCCUCUCUCUCCUCCCCAGGGCGGAAGUGGGUCCAUUUUUUCUCCCCCCCUCCUCCACCUCCUCCCUCAGUCGGAUAAGAGCGGCUCGAGGAGCUGCAGCCCGAGCAACACGCGCACCACCCCGAGAGCGCACACCUCCUUGUUUACGGUAAUUCAGCCGAGAGUCAACGACGGCGACAACGGCGACGUAAAAAAAACUGAAUCAAAAAAAGGGUCCAUACGCGUCGUUGGACCGCGAGGGUUUAAGGGCGUUGUUUCCACGCUGAGAGAGAGGGUGGAGAAGAGGUGGAGGCAAAAAAAAAAAAAAAAAAAAACCCUGCGCAUUCCUCCACGCAGAGAGGGGACACCAGACCGGGGAAUGAGAGCUGUGAAGCGGCCUCUUCACAACCGGUGAAUCCGCCCACGGAGCCUCGCUACGGGCGUCUGUGUUUCGUUUUUUUGUGGCUUUAUUGGAGAGUUUCUGAAAUGACCCGACACACACUAUGAUAUCGUUGCUUUGAUGAAUAAUUUACGGUGCUGCUGCUGCUGCUGCUGCCGCGACUACCGACCGACUGCUGGCUGCGCCCGACGCCGACUCAACGGGCCCCGAUGGUGGACUAAGACAACAACAACAACAACAAGAAGAAGGAGCUAAAUUUAAAGGAGCAGAGAGAAAACAAUUUCUUUUUAAUAAGCGUGAUAAAUGUGCUGUUUUGUAGCCUAGAGCCCUGUAGUCAUGUUGCCUAGUCGGUGGGGGAGGAGAGACCGAGCCCCCAGAAUUUCGACGCCGUCUCAGUGUCACUCCAGUUUGGGCUUUAUUUUAUGAGCCUCACCCCUCAACUCCCAUCGGACACUUUUUUUUUCUCUCUCUCUCUCCCACCCUGCACAGAUGCGCCAACAUCAUCAUCUCCUCCUCAUUGGUCUCAAUGCUUCCCAUCCAAACGCCUUACACAAGUGAACUGAAGUCUAACAAACUGUUUGGCUGCCUCCCUUGUUUUGCAUCAAGUCAGAGUUGUAUAGUUACAGAGAGAAAUCUGUAAGUCGAUGAGCGCCGCUUUCACUGUUGGAACUGACUUUAAUACCUCAUGAAUCUACCUCAAACACAACUUUUUAGUUUCUACACAACACAAGGGCCGAUGUGUCCCCAAAUGAAUACCUCAACCUCACUGCUGCGCCUGUUGUAAACUUCAAGCCUGUGUUUCAGUAAAAGCUGCAGAUGGCUUCGUUUCCAGACUCGGACCUGCAGACGUGUCCGCUCUGCAAAGAGCUCUGCGGCUCCUCUGCUCCUAUUUCCUCCAGCUCUUCUACCUCCUCAUCUUCCUCGCAUACCUCGACGUCCUCCAGCCAGACCACCAGAAGGCUCCACGUCCUGCCCUGCCUCCAUGCCUUCUGCAGGCAGUGCCUGGAGGGUCAGCGAAGUCCUGGGGACCCGCUGAAACUGCGUUGCCCCACCUGCGACCAGAAGGUGUCCAUCUCUGAAGCCGGCGUGGACUCCCUGCCUUCCUCCAACUUCCUCUUCAGCAACCUGCUGGACGUGGUGGUGAGCUCCGAGGAGCAGAUCCAGAACAAGAACGGCCACCACCACCAUCGAAGUGGCAUCGGCGGAGGCUCCUCGGGCUUCCAUCAUUCUCACGGAGGCCUGCUGCACCCUCACCACCUGGGAGAGCCUCAGUGCAGCUCCUGCGACGAGGAGAACCCAGCUACCUCCCACUGCCUUGACUGCCAGGAGUAUCUGUGCGACAACUGUGUGCGGGCACACCAGCGGGUGCGGCUGACCAAGGACCACUUCAUCGAGUGCCUGGGAGACAACCUCCACCUGGGCCGGGUCAACGCCAACAGCAACUCGGGACAGCCGGGGGUGUCGGUGUCUCUCGCGCAGUCCCUGCAGAACAACUUUGCCCUGCUGUCCCUGUUCCAGGAUCGCAUGAGCUUCUGCCAACACCACGACAAUGAGGUGUUCCUGUUCUUCUGUGAAACCUGCUCGGUGCCUAUCUGCAGGGAGUGCAGCGUGGGCCGACAUAUGGGCCACACCUUCGUUUAUCUACAAGACGCCGUACAGGACUGCAGGGCCAUCACCAUCCAGCUGCUGGCAGAUGCACAGCAGGGACGACAGGCCGUGCAGCUAAGCAUGGAGAAGGUCCAGGCCAUGGCGGAGCAAGUGGAGAUCAAAGCCAAGGUGGUGCAGACUGAAGUAAAGGCCCUCGUCCUCCGACACAAGAAAGCGCUGGAGGAGAGGGAGUGUGAACUACUGUGGAAGGUGGAGAAGAUCCGUCAGGUGAAGGCCAAGUCUCUGUACCUGCAGGUGGAGAAACUGCAUCAGAGUUUGACCAAGUUGGACAGCACCAUCGCUGCGGUUAGCCAGGUGCUGGACGAGGGCCACCACCUUGACGUGCUGCUGGCCAGGGAGCGAAUGCUCACCCAGAUCCAUGAACUCAAGGCUCUGAGGGGCCUGCUGCAGCCGCAGGAGGACGACCGCUUCAUGUUCACUCCUCCAGACCAGGCUCUCUACAUAGCCGUCCAGUCAAUGGGGCUCAUCAGCAGUGGUGCCUUUGCCCCGGUCACUAAAGCCCACGGUGAGGGCCUAAAAACUGCGCUUCGCGGUAAGCCGGCCUCAUUCACUGUGAUCGGAUAUGACCAUGACGGCGAGCCACGUCUUUCCGGCGGGGACGCAGUGUCCGCUGUAGUCAUGUCGGCCACAGAUGGCAGCCUGUCUGCAGCGGAGGUAACGGACCACCAGAAUGGCUCGUACACCGUCAGCUACCUGCCUAAAUGUGAGGGGGAGCACCUCGUGUCAGCGUUGGUGUGUAACCAGCACAUCCAGGGCAGCCCGUUCAAGGUGAUGGUGAAGUCCAGGCGGAGCUACGGCUCCCUGGGCACCCAGGUGUCAUCAUUCGGGUGCGAGGGGGAGGGAGAUGGUCAGCUGUGUCGUCCAUGGGGCAUCAGCGUGGACAAGGAGGGAUACGUAGUGGUGGCCGAUCGCAGCAACAACCGCAUACAGAUAUUCAAGCCUUGUGGUGCCUUCCACCAUAAGUUUGGCUCUCUGGGUUCCCGGCCUGGUCAGUUUGAUCGUCCAGCAGGGGUUGCAUGUGACAGUCAGAGACGAAUCAUUGUGGCUGAUAAGGACAAUCACCGUGUGCAGGUGUUUACUUUUGAGGGCCAGUUCCUGCUGAAGUUUGGGGAAAAGGGUACCAAGAAUGGGCAGUUCAACUAUCCCUGGGAUGUGGCUGUCAACUCUGAGGGUAAGAUCCUGGUCUCAGACACCAGGAACCACCGCGUGCAGCUGUUUGCCCCUGACGGCUCUUUCCUCAACAAGUACGGCUUCGAAGGGGCCCUGUGGAAACACUUUGACUCUCCCAGAGGAGUGGCCUUUAACCACGAAGACCACCUGGUGGUGACCGACUUCAACAACCACCGGCUCUUGGUCAUCAGGCCGGACUGCCAGUCGGCUCGCUUUCUGGGCUCUGAGGGCACCGGGAACGGGCAGUUUCUGCGGCCUCAGGGCGUCGCAGUGGACCAGGAGAACCGCAUCAUCGUGGCAGACUCCCGCAACCAUCGAGUCCAAGUGUUUGAGCCCAAUGGAAACUUUUUAUGCAAAUUUGGCACACAGGGGAGUGGCUUUGGACAGAUGGAUCGCCCCUCCGGUGUGGCUGUGACGCCUGACGGAGUCAUUGUGGUGGUUGACUUUGGAAAUAAUCGCAUCCUCAAGUUCUAAAAGAAAAAAGUUUAUUUUUGCAUUCUCUCCCUCCGUUUGGCCUUUUGCAGUUUUUUUUUUUCAAUGAAGGAAAUGGAGGAGAGAGAAUGAAUCAACAGACACAACAGGAGGAGAGCGCAGAGAGGAUUGAGAGCAUGUUGAAGUGAAGGGAAAUUAAAACUGUAGGUGAUUUAUUUUUUAUUUUUAUUAUCCCAAUCAGAUAUCUGUGGUAUGUAUGACAAAGGGGACCUCUACAAAUUGAUAAUCAGUAGAUAAAGAGCCAUAUUUCCCUUCGUCAGUCUCGGCUGCGCUGAAUUCUCUCUGUAAGCUCUCCUUAAAUAUCCAUCUCAGGGAAUUUCUCACUUUUCUUGAAAUCUUGUACCCUCUGCUCCAUACCUACCUCAUUUAGCUCUUUAUGAAUGUACUCAUAGUCACUGAGCAGAGGUUUUAGUCCGUGAAGUUUUACAAAGAAGAAAAGUCUACCUCUAUACUUUGUUAUUUAAGAGAGACAAAAAAAGAAUAGACUGUUCGGUUGAUAUUUGCACAGGAUUAAUGGAAUUCUUGCUGUGCAUUUUGAAAAAAUGAGUUAAAGUGAACCUCCUGAAUGUUGUUGCUGAGACAAUACUCAGACCGCUGUAGAGGCUGCAUGAUUUAUUCUCAUUAGAGAGCUUUGCUUGGAGAGGAUACUAGGGUACAGUAGUGUCCUUUUCAUGUUGUUUAUAGGCUACUUAGUUUUUCUUUGCUUAUUCCUCAACCCUUGUCUCUUUGUGGCUUUGUGGAGAUCGUAGUGUCAUGAUCGCCUAACAAGAGUGCGCAAAGCGAUGCCAAACUUGAUAGAAUCAAAAAUUUGCCCAGGUCACGAUAGGACUAGUUUAAAUCAUCACUUUUCAGGCUCUUUCUCUAGCUUUACUAGCUAAUACUGACUUGAUGAAUAAUGCAGAGCAGUAAAUAUAAGGUUGAGGAUAUUUUCUCCAAAACGAUCCCCAAGAUAAGCCCUGUAAUGAAUUAAUUAACCCAAAGUUUGCGAUCAUCCAUACAACCUCACCUCCCCCCCGACUGUGUUGCAUAAGACUGGAUAAAGUAAUGUUUCUAAGACAACCUGUGCCAUUACUACCAGUCAGCUGCAUGAACGACUAAGAUGCAAAGAUUAGUAUGCAAGGAGACCGUUGUCUCCUUCUAAACCCACCAAAAGAUUUUGGAGAUAGAUUUUCCAAGGUCUGGAUCUUUUAGUGAUUUUUAGUGUAGAGAUUUAAUCAUGUAACUGAAUGACACCUUUUUGGUGAGGCGCGCUGUGUGACAAAAGCCUCACAAGUAGACUCCUAAUUUGGCUGUCCAGAGGACAUUAAUGACAUCAAGUGAAAGGCCCAACAUUACACGUCUUUUGGAUUUAGAUUGUGGUUGAAAGCCAUUCCCCUUUUGGCUCAUGGGGCCUUAGAUUUAGUCCAGUCCAAUGAGAGGGCACGAUCACAAAACCCUGCCCUAUUUAUUGAUCCUUGGAGUUGAGGAGACCUCUCCAGAUUGAGUCCUAGUAGACCGAUUCCUCUAAAGACGGAGGUCUAUAGACCGACCACUGGAGUCAACCAAAGUUAGAAUUUCUGCACAAUGGCCAACCUUAGAUUUGGCAAUUAAAGAAAUUUAAAAAAUCCCCUUUAAAAACAUUUUUUCUUAAAUAAUCAUUGUUGCUGAGAAGUUCAUAAAACUCAUCUAGUUGAGUUCAUAGCACUGUCCAUGUUAGGCUUAGAAGAAUAAAGUGUGCUUUAGGUCACAGUUUAUUGUACACGAGUACUUUUGCAUCCUAUUAAGACCAAGACCCUUGAGGUGUGAGGCAGACAGAAGAUCCUUUACGACCAUCAGCAGAGUUGUUGGCGUAGAGAACCAAAGAGAACCCCCUUUAUGUCCCUCGCAUCUAUCGCCCAUCGAACGAUGCCCCUGUUUUAUCAUUGUUAGACGGCCCCUUAGGCCUAAGUAGCAUCUCAGAUUAGCCUUUGUAUCCCAAUCUAUUUACCAUAGAAACUAAUAAAUACUGACUUCUUUGUUGGUGAUAGCGUUGUGGGGUUUUAAAUCCCUUUGCCCUUUUGUUCAAUCUGCGUCUCACUGGAAGCACUAGACAAUUAAGGUUCUGUUAGCCACUUCCUUAGCCUAGCAAAGAAUUUGGGACCUAAGAAAAAGAUUUGACGACCCUCACCUCUGAGGAGAGGGUUCGUCUGCACAUGAUCAGGAUUUACAUCGUCAUAUCUUCAGAUAUCCUGUACCUCAGUGGUUGUUUUACCUCCUUUCUCGUAUACCCCAACCCCCUGAAUACCUCAAAUGUCACACAUUGCUACUGUGCAUUUAAACAUUCAAAUACCUCAACUUGUUACUCACUCUAAGAUACCUCAUUUUUACUCUUUUUAUUUAAGCAUACCUCGUCAGAUAUUUAUGCAUUACACAUAUACCUCAUUCUUUGAAUCUUCUUGUAUUACAGAACAGUACAUCAUGUCCCAUUGCUCUAGGACCAAAGAUCAUGGUACUGUUUUACGUUGAAAUUGAAAUUUGUAUUAUGGUCAUCACUCCAUUUUUCAACCCUCUGCUGCAAAUUGCCUGGUAAACUUUGCCUUUUAUCACCAAGAAACCAAAUAUUUCAGAUGAAAGCAUUGUGCCAAAAUGAUCUGCGAGAGUUCUGUGCCAAACGGGGUUGGCAUUUGGACCACACUGGUGUAGACGACAAAUGUCACUGGACCAUUAUAUCACAGAUACAAAUAUUAAAUCAGAGCACCUGAGAAGAAAUCCUCGCUCUCUGAUUGGAUGCACUUAAUGGUGUGUUUCCACUACACGGUAAGGCUCAGCUCUACUCGAUCUGACUGACUUUUUGGUACCAGGUACCACUGCAAAUUGUGCCUCCUCAAACUAGGUGGUAUUUUUUGUAGCUGAUCAUCAUAGCAAUAUGUGAAACUGCCUUGAUAUCAUCUUGAAUGUGACACAAACAAGAACAAUGGAGGAUAUUGAAGGGGCGGCUGUCUGUCACAGCGAGGACGCAAACUUUAUUUCAGAAAACUUUGACAACGAGACAGCUGUACUUACUCCGGGUCGUAUAAGUGACAAUUUUUUUGACCAAUCCAGUGGUCUGCAGCUCAAUUCGCUUGUAACCCCUGACCAAAGUGAUACCAAAAAAAGUACCAGGUACUGUCCACAAUUUUGACAAAACCAAAAUGGAGUUAGUCGAGUUAAGUGGAGUUGUGGAAACACAAUUUAGAGUGUUUUGUGCUACAUGGUGAUAUUUCUGUGUUUGUGUCUCAUUGAAGUUUCAUGCGGCUUCCCUAUGACGAUCAGCUAAGAGUACCACCUAUCUGCAGUGGAAUUCAAGAAAAGUACCCGAUACCAGGAGAGAGUUGAGCCGAGUUAUACCAUGCACUGGAAACGCGUCAUAAGAGGGCUGGGCCCCAUUUAUCUUUACCUCAUGAUGCUGAUGAUGAUGAACAUACAGAUUCCACUUGUACUUUGUUACUGUGCGUAAGGGGUGAGGGGAAGUGGCUUCUUUUAAAAAAACAAAAUGUAAAAAAAAAAAAAAAAAAAAUUAAGAAGAACUUCACAAAACUGCCUUUGAACGCACAAGAAUUACCUCUAAUUUCAGCACAAUUUACCAAUAAUUCAGUGUGGAUUUUAGGAUGCUUGAUGCUGGUUGUGGAGGACCUUGAGAUAAAGUCUAAACUCAACCAUUCUGACUGUGAUUUAAACACGCACAUCAGAGUAUUACGCCUAACACGUGACUACAGGCUGGUUUAUUAUUUAAGUGGAGCUGUUAGCACAUUGAUGGAGAGCUGGUUUGAUUCCACACGCCCUGCUGCUUUGAACCCAACACCUAGUUUCACCAUUUUGUUUUUUUGCUUUUCAGUAUUACUCUGUGAAAUGUUCAUUCAUGUUGCAUCUUUUUUUUCUUUUUUUUAAUUCAGAGCAGAAUUCUGUCUUUAAGAUCUUUAGGUCUUCACUCUUAAAGAGGAAAAAUGUAUUUUAAAAUCUUUUUUGUUUUUUUUUUUUCAUUUUGUUGCAUGCUUUAAAAAAAGUCUUUGUAUUAUAAAUGACGUCUCUCAGAUAGGUGUUGCAAAAAAAAAAAAAAAAAAAAAAAAAAAAAAAAAAACUCAGACGGAGUGGGGUAGCUGACUUAUUGGGAUGGUUUUUACCAAAAUAUAUACCCAAAGACGUGUAUGUGUGUUAUGAUUGCGUUGGAUGGAAUUAACCUUUGACCUUUGCGAUUGUAUUUCUCAAGAGGCUCUGCAGAGCACAACCUGUUCGGCCAGCCAUACCUCGAUUCCUGAGCAAGAGUUAGAGGCGAUAAACAUGAAGGCUAGUGCGCCCCUAGGCCGUUAGCGCUUUGUUUAACCCCCUCUGAUACGCAUAAUAUGGGUAGACACGUGAACACACUCGACUUUAGAAAGCAUAUAUUUAUCCUACAUUUGUGUUUCGCCUUCAAACAGGAACUCUCAUGUGAGGAGCAGCUAGGUUUUCUCCAGCACAAACUAGCAAAUCGGCUCCCUUGUCUUUUUUUUUUUUUCUCUUUUCUUCUUCUUUUAAAGGAAGGAAGUGUGGCGAUGGCUGCUGCUGAGCAUGUGAUCGGUUGACUGCACUCCUGCUCAGCGGGGUUUUUUUUUUUUUUGGUCCACCAUUUUAUUUUCUGGCCUCUCACGGCUUUAAGAGAGAAAAAGCAAAGCUGCAUCAGGUGACGUGUGCAAGGUCGUAGACCUCCUUUUAAUGAUUGUAUACUCGAAAGAAAGAAAGAAAG